AGCCUUGAGAUGGUUCGACCACUUACCUCUCGUCCACUUGACCUGGUUUAUUUUGGAUUCUUUGUGUCGCAUAUCUUCGCGUCUCUCUGCAUUGAUUUCCAACCGCUCUAUCCUACCACACUAGUCCCAAGCCUUUUGCGCGACUUUGCAGGAUGGUAUAUUCGCUCAUCAAACGACCCACUGCUAAAGUCGGCGUUCGGCCACACGGAACCAUUGGUCUGGUUCCAGAGCUUCCUUUUUCUUGAAGUAGCAUUUCAAUUCCCCCUUUUCUUUGUUGCUGCUCGUGGUUUAUGGAAUGACUCGCAACAGAUUUACAUCCCUAUGCUAGUUUAUGCAGCAUCCACUGCGACAACGGUGUGGCCAUGCCUCAUGACAAUUGUCAGCUCUAAUGUCGCGCCCCACGAGCAAGCCAUGCUUCUGUCGAGUUAUGUUCCCUUCUUCGUUAUACCGUUGGUCAUGACUAUCGACAUGGCUUUCCGAGUACAUGGGCUCGUUAGCGUUGCGCUAUUAGCUCAAAGCGCAGCAAAACAAAAGUAA